GCGGAAUAUAAAUCGAGCUGAGGAAGAUCCAGCCUCCCUUCACUGAGGUGGAGACUCCUUGCACAGCCUCUUGGAAGCAGCCACUGGACAGCAGGUUAUGCCACCCCUAAGGUUUGUGGUGAAGACGGCAGUGAAGGAGAAAGGCUGAUUGGACAUUGCCCUGUGUCGUCACAGUGACCAUGGCAACCAAUGGGAGCAAGGAGCUGGCAAAUGUCCCCACGUGCUCACACACGCAGGUGGAAGAUGAGGCUGAAAAGUCAGCAGCGGAGGCAGACGAGGAGGCAGAGGAAGAGGAGGAGGAGGAGGAAGAGCUGGACAAGCUGUUGGCAGUGGAGUGCCUGAGAGAUCUGCUGAGUGACCGACCUCCGCAAGAACCUGAGAGGACCUACAGUGAGAAGGACUUUGAAUAUCACCGGCGCACCUCCCUUCAUAUCCACCACCCACUCUCCUCCCACUUGCCGCUGCACAUGUGCUUCAGGAGGAAGGUUCUUCACUCAGAGCGGAAGAGGAAGAAAAAGAGGAAGAAGAAAAAGACGUCGGUGCCGCCGUCGGAGGAGACGCCCACCAUCCAAGAGGUGGAUGAGGAGGAAGACGAGGAGGUCUCAGAGGUGGAGGUACAGGACAAGGAGCUGUCGGCAAGUGAGGAGGCACACGACCCACCACAGUUCCUCAUUACUUCUCGUGACUCGAUGGAGAGCCUGCUGAUGGAGGAGCAGAUCCUGCAGCCCUGUGAACCACUCUCAGAGUCAACAUCAAUGCUGGCAGAAAGUUGUAUGGGACCUUCCCCGGAUUCCCCGGACAUCUCUCCAAACAGCCACGGAAAGUGGAAGUCAGUGCACCGGGUGGCAGGUGCCCAGAGGACGAGCUACAACCUGCAGGAGCGGGUCUGUAUCGGGAGCAUGACCUCACUGGGGACUGCCGUGUACCAAAAGGUGCCGACAGACGAGGCUGAGGCUCAGAUGUUAGCCACCGUUGACCUGGACGACAUGAAAAGCCACAGGUUUGAGGACAACCCUGGAGUUCGUCGGCAUCUGGUCAAGAAACCUUCAAGAGGGCAAAUGAGUAAAAAGGGUAGCAAGAUGCCAGUGCCCAGUGUGAAGAAGAUUCAGCAAGACCGGAAGCCCCACGAGGUCUUUGUCGAGCUGAACGAGCUGGUAGUGGGCAAGAACAAUGAGAUGACCUGGCAGGAGACAGCACGGUGGAUCAAGUUCGAGGAGGACGUGGAGUCAGAGACAGACCGGUGGGGGAAGCCGCACGUGGCCUCAUUGACCUUCCGGAGUCUACUGGAGCUGAGGAAGACCAUCGCUCAAGGGGCAGUGCUGUUGGACCUGGAGCAGAAGACUUUACCUGGAAUUGCUCAUCUCGUGGUGGAAACCAUGGUCAUCACGGACCAGAUCAAAGCCGAGGACAGAACUAACGUACUGAAAGCCUUACUGGUCAAACACAGCCACCCGAAUGAUGAAAAGGAGGGAAGUUUCUUCCCUCGGUCUGGAAAUUCUAACACGUCCUCUGUCCUGACUGGCUACCAAGUUCACCAAGAGGACAAUCUCUUCAAAGACCCCUUCGUCACCGUGCCGCUUAUGGGAGAGGAGUAUGACAAGACUCAGGACCCCAAAAACAUGGAGGCCGACACACAGAAGAACCUGAAGCGUCCACUGCACAACAGCGAGAAGCACAAAACCAAGUCGGAAAUGAAACUGCUGAAACAGAUUCCAGAGAAUGCAGAGGCCACAGUUGUCCUCGUUGGGACUCUGGCCUUCCUGGAGCAGCCCACCAUGGCCUUUGUUCGUCUCAGUGAAAGUGUGUUACUGGAGUCGGUUUUAGAAGUCUCUGUCCCUGUUCGUUUCAUCUUUGUCCUACUAGGACCGGCCCAGUCCAGCAUGGACUACCAUGAGAUUGGACGCAGCAUCUCCACCCUGAUGUCUGACAAGGACUUCCAUGAAGCUGCCUACAUGGCUGAUGACCGUCAGGAUCUCCUGAAUGCCAUUAACGAGUUUCUGGACUGCAGCAUUGUCAUCCCACCACUUGAGCUGGAAGGCAAGGACCUCCUCCGGUCUGUUACUGCCUUUCAGAAGGAGAUGCUGAGAAAGAGGAAAGCGAGAGAGCACAAGAAGUCGAUAAAGAAGGAGGAAUCGCUGUUGAACAUUAAAGAAGCAUGCGAAGAUGUGAAGGAGGAAGAAGUUGAGGACGACCCGCUGAAGAGGACGAACCGGCUAUUUGGAGGCCUGAUCCGGGACAUCAGGCGGAGGUAUCCCAAGUACCUGAGUGACGUCCGGGAUGCCUUCAACUGUCAGUGCCUGGCCGCUGUCAUCUUCAUCUACUUUGCUGCCCUGUCUCCUGCCAUCACCUUCGGGGGGCUGCUCGGUACAAAGACAGAGGGUCUGAUCGGGGUGUCGGAGUUGAUCGUCUCAACGUCAGCAAUGGGCAUCUUCUUCUCCCUGUUCGGAGCUCAGCCACUUCUGGUGAUUGGCUUCACGGGUCCGCUGCUGGUGUUUGAGGAAGCGUUUUACAAUUUUAGCAAGAACCGGAACAUCGACUAUCUCACUGGCCGCGUAUGGAUUGGGUUUUGGCUCAUGUUCAUUGUGCUCAUCGCAGUGGCCUUUGAGGGCAGUUUGCUGGUUCGAUACAUCUCCCCCUUCACCCAGGAGGUCUUUGCCUUCCUCAUCUCUGCCAUCUUCAUCUAUGAGACCCUGAAAAAUCUCAGCAUGGUCUUCUCAGAACAUCCACUUCUCAAGACCUACCCUCCUGACACAGAGACAAAGGCCAACUAUACGAAGGAUAUGAUGGUGCAGAUGCAACCCAACACAGCCCUCCUAUCUCUGGUCCUGAUGGUCGGCACCUUCUUCAUCGCCUACUUCCUGAGGAAGUUCAGGAACAGCCGUUUUCUCGGGGGAAGUGUGCGACGGGUUAUUGGAGACUUUGGAAUUCCCAUUGCCAUCUUGCUGAUGUUAAUUGUGGACAUCUCAGUCACUGACACCUACACUGAGAAGCUGAACGUGCCUCUGCACUUCUCGGUUACCUCUCCCAGCAAGCGGAGCUGGUUCAUUCACCCCCUAGGCAAGGACAACAGCUUCCCUCUGUGGAUGAUCUUUGGCUCAGUGAUUCCUGCCCUGCUUCUCUUCAUCCUCAUCUUCAUGGAGACCAAUAUCACCACGCUUAUUGUCAGCAAGAAGGAAAGGCGCCUGGUUAAAGGCUCCGGAUUCCACCUGGACCUGCUCCUCAUCGGCGUGGGGGGCGGUGUCUGUGGCAUCUUCGGUCUUCCCUGGCAGACGGCAGCCACUGUACGCAGCAUCGCCCACGUCAAUGCCCUGACUGUCAUGAGCAAGAGCAUUGCUCCAGGAGAGAAGAUCAAGAUCAAGGAGGUGAAAGAGCAGCGGAUCACUGGGAUGCUGGUGGCACUACUCGUGGGACUGUCGGUGGUCAUGGGCACUGUGCUACGGAUGAUCCCCAUGGCAGUUCUGUUUGGGAUCUUCCUGUACAUGGGGCUGACAUCGCUGACGGGAACCCAGCUGUAUGAGCGACUGCUGCUGAUGUUUAUCCCGGCCAAGUUCCACCCGGACCACGUCUACGUCACCAAGGUGAGGACUCGGAGAAUGCACCUCUUCACCAGUAUCCAGAUAGUUUGCAUCAUCAUCCUCUGGGUCAUCAAGUCCACCAUUAUCUCCUUGGCCUUCCCAUUUUUCCUCAUCUUGACUGUGCCCACACGCCGCUACCUACUUCCGAAGAUAUUCCAAGAACGAGAAUUGCUGGCGCUGGAUUCUGACGAGACACAUCCAAACUUCGACGAGGAUGGACACGAUGAGUACAGCGAGAUGCACAUGCCCCUGUGAGGGGGAAGCUGAGGUGGUCCUCACUCUUCUUCCUCUGCAGUCCCAUCCGCCUUCUGCUCUCUACCUCCUCCUCCUGGCCUGCAAGCAGCACCCUCCCUGCGCAAGGCGAUGGGGACAGUCCUGCCGUUAGGUCCCUCCUACUCCUUCAAACCAGCACACCAGAGCUGGGCAGGAGGAGAGCUGCCCUGUGAGAGGCAACAGGAGAUCCCUCUGCAAGAAGGGAGACGGACAAAGAUCUCAAGACCAAGAUGGCUACCAGCUGUAUUUUCCUACUGUAUCCUACUGUGCUGUUUUAUAUUAGAUGUUAACUAAACAAAGUAGACAAUUCCCCACAUGCAAACUUUACUUACUAUAAAGAUAUAACUGAGUGUCUUAUAACAAACUGGUAGAUUGUCGCUUCUCAGGCGAUGUGACCCUGAACUUGAGAGUUGAACAUGGGGAAGCUUUCUCUGCAGCAUGUUUACAGUGAGGUUUAUACCUCACCUGCGUCUGUUGACAAGGGUAACUUCAUAGUUAUUGCACCUUUAACACCAUAAAGAUCGACCCGUGUUCUACUCAAGAAAAAAGACAAUUCAACGCAAACCUCGGUUAAACAGAGACUCGGUAAAAGGGGGUGACUUUUAAGUUAAGAGUUUAAGGAUGGGAAGGAGGUUAGGGAGGUGCUGGGGUGUCUGGAACCAGAGGGCACAGCCUCAGAGUACAAAGGCGUACUUCUAGAAAAGAGAUGAGGAGAAAUGUCACAGUUGGACAGCACGGCGUUGAGAGUUGGAUAGGUGAAAGGGUGAUGGGGUGGCAUGGAAGCAUAAUGUUAUGACAGCGUCAGUGACCCAGGUUCAAUUCCUGCCGCUGUCUGUAAAUAGUUUAUACAUCUUCCCCACGUGGGUUUCCUCUGGGUCCUCUGGCUCCCUCCCACAUUCCAAAGACGUAUGGGUAAGUAGGUCAAUUGGUCAUUUGGGUAACACGGGCUCACUGGGGCCGGAAGAGCCUGUAACUUGUGCUGUAUCUAUAAAUGAAUGAAUAAACAAACAAAUAUGGUGAAGACAGUGAAGUUUUGGAAGCACUGAUAGGAGGAGGAAGCUGGGAAAGUGAACUUUGGUGCCCUCCUUUAUGAAGUAUAUUGAGGUUAGGUACCUGGAUAAUGUUGGGAAACAGACAUUGAGACCAGUUGCCACAUCUCUCCCCUGCUUGUCCGUGGGUCUCUGUUUCUCCAGAGAGAUGCAACACUGAGAUUUCUUUGCUGGGCUUGUGGAGAUGCUGACUUCCUACCAUGAAUCUUUAACCAUCCACCACAACUCUGGUUCAGGGUGCUGAGAGACAUUAGCUCUCAACCCAAUUAUUCUUCCACAGGAUUGGAGUAAGCAGGAUCGGCCUUCACACCGGCAUUUCUAACCCACUCAGGGUCCUAAGCCUCCCAGCUCUCCGCUCGGAAAAGAUUAAUGAGAUUAGCUGAAUUUGUCAAAUGUAUAUCAAAACUUUGAAGCAUGCAGUGAAACGCAUCAACAGCAAACUCAGUCUGAGGAUUGUGCGGAAGGCAGCCCGCAAGUAUCGCCAUGUUUCCAGUGCCAACACAGCGUGCCCACAACUUGCUAACUCUAAUCCAUACAUUCUUAGAAUGAGGAAGGAACCUGGAGCAUCAAGAAAGCCACAAGGUCACAAAAAGAACAUACUAACUGACAGUGGUGGAAUUGAAUCCGUAGAUUGUUACACUAACCAGUACGUUACCGUGCCACCCAAGUCCCCUAUGGCCCUCCGUUCUAGUCUCACCUACCAAUGGAAAUGACUUUCCUGCCUCUAUCCUAUCUAUGGCUUUCAGAAUUUUAUGUUUCUAUAUGAUCUCUGAUUCGUCUGAAUUCCGGUGGGUAUAGUUCCCAGCGACUCAGUCACAGGGAGAACAUACAAACUCCUUACAGACCACAGCAGGAAUCGAACCCCAAUCUUCCGUUUGCUAGUGCUGUAAAGCUUUAUGAUACCACUACACUACCACACUGCCCAUUAAGGGACAGAGAUUAAAAUAAAGUGGGAUUGAACUAUUGUGUGACAGGCCUGGUCUUGGCUGACUAUACCUCAUUCUUGUUCCUCUAAGCCAGCUCCUGGUCCAGGAAUACCCUGGCCAGGGAAUUCCCUUUUCCCAAUGUAUACCAGUUGACCCAGGAACCUCCAACUGCCCCUCAGUGCUGUUGGAACGUUUGAACUGAAGCUACUGACUACUGACUUCUCUGUCCUUCAGUAAGGUGACACUGGCUGUAGUACCUCGUCUCCAUUUCUCCACCAAUAUCCCCCAUUCCCACUACUCAGCAGUUACUGGUAUCAUCCACUUGCGUUGGCAGCAUGGAGGACAUCUUUAACAGGCCAUGCUGUUCAUAGAGUCAUUAAGUCAUAGUGUUACUAAAGAGAAACCAGCCCUUUGACCCAUCUAGUCCAUGUUCAACUGUUAUUCAGCCUAGGUCCAUUGGCCUGUGCUUGGACCAUGGUCCUCCAUACCCCUCCCAUCCAUGUACUUAUCCUAAUGUCUCUUAAAUGUUGCGAUUGAAUCCGUAUCCCUCACUUCCAUCGGCAGCUCAUUCCACCCUCACACCAUCCUCUAAAUGAAGUCAUUCCACUUAAAGCUCCACUUUCACCCUUACCUCUGACCUCCUGGUCUAAUCUACCCAACCUACUUGCACUUACCCUAGCUAUACUCCUGUAAUUCUGUAUACCUCUAUCAAAUCUCCCCUCAUUCUCCUGCACUCCAGCAAAUAAACUCCUAACCUAUUUAACUUACCCCUACAACUCAGGUUCUCAAGUCCCAGCAACAUUCUUGUAAUUUAUUUUCUGUACUUCUAUAAUGAGGCGACCAAAACUGAACACAAUACUCCAAGUGUGUUCUAACCGGGGUAUUUAGAUCUGCAACAUUACCUCGCACCUCUUGAACUCAAUUCCACAACUAUUCCAAACAUCUUCUUAACCAUCCUAUCAACCUGCGCGGCAACACUGAAGGGCCUAUAUACAUGGCCUCCAAAAUCUCUCUGUACCUCCAUACUUCUAAGAAUCGUGCUAUUAAUUUUGUACUCUGCCUUCAAAUUUUUCUUUGCAAACUGAAUCACUUCACAUUUUUCCGAGUUGAAGUCCACCUGCCACUUAGCUCAGCUCUACAUCCUAUCAGUGUCCCAUUAUAACCUCUAACAUCCCUCCGCUCUGUCCACAACCUUCAUGUCAUCUGCAUACUUAAUAACUCACCCUUCCACUUCCUCAUCCAAGUCAUUUGUAAAAAUUACAAAGACCAGAGGUCCCAAAACAGAUCUCUGAGGUGUCCGACCUCCUGGCAGAAUACAUUCCGUCUACAACCAUCCUCUGCCCUCUGUGGGCAACCUAAUUCCAAAUCCACACUAUCAAGUUUCCCUGGAUUCCUUACCACGUGACCAUCUGAAUGAAGCUACCAUGGCAAACCUUGACAAACACCUGACUAAAACCCAUAUUUAGAACAGAAAACAAGACUGGCCCUUCAGUCCAAAAUGUUGUGCUGACUUUUUAGUCUUCUCUAAGCUUAAUCUAACGCUUCCCUCCUAUACUGGUUUCCUCCCACAGUCCCACUGGUGAAUUUAUCAAAUGUAUCUGCCUUUACCAUUACCCCUGACAGGGUGUUCCACACACCCGCCACUCUCACCCAAAGUCAGGCUUGAACAAACAGAGUCCUUCGGAGUUGAUGUCAUUGAAGGUGACAUUUAAUGAAUUCACAGUGUUUUAUCUCGCUCCUUCAGCACUUCCUCCGUCAGUGCCACAGGCUGUCAAGGGCAGGUGUUGGGAUUGCCAACAAUCCCCAGCAACUUGAGGAAUUGUUGAGGAACUACAAGUCAGCUGAUCUUGGCCGUUGUGGAAUUGAACUCUGCAAAGCUGCAUGUAAGGCUCUGGGGGCUCAGGUCUCUGAUCAGGUGACAAAGAGGGGGAGAGGUGCAUGCCGCCACAUUACAAAACAAACUAGAGGAGGGCAGGCAGGUUUGGAGUUUCAAGGCCAAGUUUCUGGUGAGUGUAGCAAGCGUACCAGCAUUAGGGGCGGCACAGUAGUAUAGCAGAUAGCGUUAUGCACUAACAAUGCCAGUGACCCAGCCUCAAUUCCUGCCGCUGUCUGCAAGGAGCUUGUACUGUACGUCCACCCUGUGAGCAUGUGGGUUUCCACCAGGUGCUCUGCUAAAGGUGUACAGGUUAGUAGGUUAAUUGGUCACAUGGGUGUGAUUGGGUAGCACGGGCUUGUUGGGCCAGAAGGUCCUGUUACCGUGCAGUAUCUUUAAAUAAAAGAAAAUUCUGUAGUGCCUUCUACAGCCUCAGGUCAAUGCCCGACAUCCAAUGAUGUCCCUUUGUAGUGUAACCACUGCAGCUUUGGGCCCGUUAGCUGAGAAAGGAUGUGUUGUCAUUAGAGAGGGUCCAGAAGUUCAUGAGAAUGAGCCAUGGAAUGAAAGGGUUAAUGUGUGAGGGGUGUUUGAUGGCUCUUGGCCUGUACUCGCUGGAGUUUAGAAGAAUGAGGGAGAAAUCCCAUUCAAAUCUACCAAAUAUUGAAAGACCUCAAGAGAGUGAAUGUGGAAAGGAUGUUUUCAAAUAGUGGGAUUAGUCUAGGAAAUGGGCGCUGCCUCAGAGUAGAAGGACGUCCCUUUAGAACAGAAAUGAGGAAUUUCUUUAGCCAGAGGCUGGUGAAUCUGUGAAAUUCAUUGCCACAGAUGGCUGUGGAGGCUAAAUCAUUGGCUAUGUAUAUUUAAAACAGAGGUUGAUAGAUUCUUCAUCUGUGAGCGCUGAAAGGUUAUGGGGAGAAGGCAGGAGAAUGGGAUUGAGUGGAAUAAUAAAUCAACAGACUCGAUGGGUCCAAAUUCUGCUCCUAUGUCUUAUGAUCUUAUUUAUCCAAUUAGUUCAACACUGGAACCAUUUUGAUCAUUUACCUAGAUCCCUCAAGACUUUUUUUUAACAAGUCAUUGGGUAUGUUUAAAGCUGAGGUUGAUAGGUUCUUGAUUAGUAAGGGUGUCAAAGGUAAUGGAGAGAAAGCAGGAAAAUAGGAUUGAGUAGGAUAAUAAAUAAACCAAUAUGGAACAAUGGAGCAGACUCGAUGGGUCAAAUGGCCCAAUUCUGUUCUUAUGUGUUAUAGUCUUAUGGGCAUGGGAAACCUGACUGAUGCAUAGAAAGAGCGGGAUAAUCUGUGUUAGUGAGUGCAAACUCUUGGUAGCUCUCAGCAGAAGAUGCUGAUGUCAUGGGUAGUUUUACAUCCACUAGGGGGAGCUGAUGGGGGCUUUGGUUUAACGUUAAACCAGAAUGCAAAUCAGGUGUUGUUGGGUGGGUAAUCGUGGCAAAGUGAGGGACUGAAUGAGCCUCUCUGCUUGGAUUCCUACCCCCCCCCCCCCCCCCGCCCACAGACAGUGGGAAGAUAGUUCAGAAUCAAAAUCAAGUUCAUUACCACUAACAUAUGUCGUGGAACUUAUUUUGCGGCAGCAGUCCAGUACAUAAAAAAUUACUAUAAGUUACAAUAAGAAAUAUAAAAGAUAUAAAUAAGUAGUGCAAAAAACGAGGCAGUGUUUAUGGAUUCAUGGUCCAUUUAGAAAUCUGAUGUCAAAGGGAAAAAGAUGUUCCUGAAAUGUUGAAUGUGUGUCUUCAGGCCCUUGUACCUCCUCCGUGAUGGUAGUAAUAAGAAGGAGGCAUGUCCUGAGUGCUGAGGGUCCUUAGUGAUGGACACUGCAAAUUUUGAGGCAUUGCUUUUUGAAGAUGCCCUGGAUAGUGGGAGGCUAGUGCUCAUGAUGCAGCUGGCUGAGUUUGCAACACUCUACAGCUUUUUCCAGUUCUGUGCAUUGCAGUCUCCAUACCAGACAGUGAUGUAACUGGUCAGAAUGCACUCCACAGUCCAUCUGCAGAAAUUUGCUUAGAGUUUUUUGAUGACAUACUGUUCUAAAUCUCCUCAAACUCCAGCAACAGGAACUCCUCCUCUGAUCACUGCCUUAAACUAAUACACUUCUCGGGACUUUUGGCAGUCAAUCUGUGCAAGCCAGAGCUAAUGAAUUAUGUGCAUACCAAGAGUUUCUGUCUGAUAUUGAGUUUGAUAGAACAGCAUGGACUAAUACAGGUCCUUUGGCCCAGGAUAUUGUGCCGAUCUUAAACCCACUCCGCAAUCAAUCUAACGCUUCCCUCCUACAUAGCUUUCCAUUUUUAUUACAUCCAUGUGCCUGUCCAAAAGUCUCCUAAAUGUCCCUGAAGUAUCGGUUUCAGAGAACAUCUCAGAGUCACAUCUCAACCAGACUGGGCAAGGGUGGCAGACUCCCUGAGCCUGAAACCCAUCAUAAACACAAGACCCUGCAGAUGCAGGAACUCUUGAGAAACACACACAAAAUGCUGGAGGAAUUCAGCAGGUCAGACAUCAUCCAUAGAGGGGAAUAAACUGAUGACAUCUCAGGCCCAGAAAAAAUGCAGAAACCAUAAUAAUAAGUUGGGCAAGGAGAAAAGAAUAUAAACUGAUGGGUGAGAUGAGGUGAGGGAGAAGGUGGGUGGGUGAAGGGGAUGAAGUAAAAAGCUGGGAGAUGAUAGGUGAACGAGGUAGGGAGAAAUCCUACCUGACAAAUCUGUUGGAAUUCUUUGAGGAAAUAACGGGCAGAAUAGGAGAGUCAGUGGAUGUUGUUUACUUGGAUUUUCAGUAGGCCUUUGACAAAGUGCUGAACAUGAGGCUGCUUAACACGAUAAGAACCCUUGGUAUUACAGGAAAGAUAGCUGAUUGGCAAUAGGCAAAGAGUGGAAAUAAAGGGGCCUAUUUUGGUUCGCUGCCAUUUACAACUGGUGCUCUGCAGGGAUCGGUAUACGGACCACUUCUUUUCAUGUUAUACAUCGACAAUUUGGAUGUCAGACUUGAUGGUUUUGUGGCCAAGUUUGAAGACGAUACAAAGAUAUGUGGAGGGACAGGGAGCAGGGAAUUAUGCACUUUGGUAGAAGGAGUAAAGGCAUAGCAUUUGAUGGCUCUGUAUUUGUUAGAGUUUAGAAGAAUGAAGGACCUAGACAGAGUGGAUGUGGAGAGGAUGUUUCCUGUAGUGGACCAGAAGGCACAGCCUCAGGAUAGAGGGACAUCUAUUUAGAACAGCUAUAAGAAGCAAUUUCUUUAGCCAGAGGGUGGUGAAUCUGUGGAAUUCAUUGCCACGGUUGGCUGUGGAGACUAAGUCAAUGAGUAUAUUUAAAGCAGAGAUUAAUAGGUUUUUGGUCAGGGCGUCAAAGGUUAUGGGAAUAAGGAAGGAGAAUGGGGUUGAGGGGCAUAAUAAAUCAGCCAUAAUGGAAUGGGAGCAGACUCAAUGGGUCAAGUAGCCUAAUUCUGUGGCUCUGUCUUAUGGUAAAGGACUGCAGAGGGAAUCUGAUGGGAGAGAAGAGUGGACCGUAGCAGAAGGGGAAGGAGGGGUACCAGAGGAAGGUGAUGGGCCAGUGAGGAGAAGAGAAUGGAUAAGAGGAAACCAUAAUGCUGAAUGGGGGGAGAAAGAUUCUCCUGCAUAGUACUGCCUGAACUGCUGAGUCCCUCCAAUAUUUUGUGUAUAUUGUUCCCUGAAGUGCAUUUGUUUACCAGGACAAUUUUUACAACAACCUAAUUGUUAUAAAGACAUUUUUUUUAUCCAGUUAACUAAAUUCCCAAGCUGCCAUGUUUUAGAUUUGAACUCGUCUCCAGGCCUUGGAUGCAAGUCAAGUGUGACGGCUUCUAGUGACCUGUAACCGAUUAAGACUAGCAGCGGGCUUCAACGUCGAAUCGUUCUAAUCUGCACUUUCCAUUGUGUACAGCCAGAGAAGUUUUUUUUUACAACUGUUU